CAAAAUUUCUGUGGAUGAAAUCACCGCAGACCCACAGGUUCUUUUGCCUGCAGCCCCACUCUGCCACACCCGGACCCCCGCCAGCACCCCUCGCAGCAGUUUCUCAGCGCUUCACACCCCAGAGGAAAGGGGCAGCACCGCAGAGGGGCUGGCGAGCAGCUGCACCAGUCCCGGCCGGGGCACAGCAGUGCGGUGCAGAGCGGUGCGGAGCGGAGCGGUGCGCAGCCCCCGCGCUCCCGACGCACCCCGGCCCGCCCCGGCCCGCCCCGGCCCCCGGGCGGCCAAUGCGCGGCGGGGGAGGCAGAGCCGGGGACGGAGCCGGGGAAAACAUCAAACCCAACUUUCUCACCUUGAAGGGAAUCAAGCGCUCCCAAUGCUUCCCCUCCUGCUGCCCUCCCCUCCAGCCCAUCCUCCCCGGGACGGCCCCCCGACGGCCCGGGCUCCCCCGGCCAGCUGCCCCCUGCCCCUCGAGGAGGAGAGAGCCGAGUAGGGGGGCGCCACUGGCGACCGUCCCCUUCGGUCCCUGCUGCCCGGGGGUCCGGGCGGCGGGCAGCGGCGGCUCGGCGGGGCUCGAUGCGGCGGCCAUGGGGCGCGGGGCCCCCCUCGGACCGUGCCUGCUGCGGGCAGCGCUGCUGCUCGCCCUCUGCCCCGCCGCCGCCGGCGGCACCUGGAUGUGGCUGGGCAUCGCCGCCGCCGGCGGGCCGGAGAAGCCGGGCUGCGCCAGCCCGCCGCUGAGCCGCCGGCAGCAGGACCUGUGCAAGCAGAAGCCGGAGCUGGUGCCUGCCAUCCGGGAGGGAGCGCGCCUCGGCCUCCAGGAGUGCCGCAGCCAGUUCCGACACGAGCGCUGGGACUGCCGCCCGCCGCCCGCCGCCCGCCGCGGACCCGCCGCCCCCGCCGCCUUCGGGCACCAGCUUAGCAGCGGCACGAAGGAGACUGCGUUCAUAUACGCAGUGACAUCAGCGGGCCUUGUGCAUUCGGUGACGCGAUCGUGCAGUGCAGGGAACAUGACCGAGUGCUCCUGCGACACGAGCCUGCGGCACGGCGGCUCGGCCAGCGAGGGCUGGCACUGGGGCGGCUGCUCCGAUGAUAUCCACUACGGAAUGUCGUUCAGCAGAAAGUUCCUGGAUGUGCCCGUUAAGGAUGUAACGGGCAAGAGCGGGAGCGGGCUGGCGGUGAUGAACCUGCACAACAAUGAGGCUGGGAGGCAGGCUGUAGCAAAGCUGAUGUCAGUGGAUUGCCGUUGUCAUGGUGUUUCUGGGUCCUGUGCUGUGAAAACUUGUUGGAAAACGAUGUCCUCCUUUGAAAAGAUUGGCCGGUUUUUAAAGGAUAAGUAUGAAAACAGCAUACAGAUAUCAGACAGACUGAAGAAAAAGCUACGCAGGAAAGAGAAAAGCCAGCGGAAAGUACCAAUUGGGAAAGAAGACCUGCUGUACAUAAACAAAUCACCCAAUUACUGUGUCGAAGACCAAAAAUUGGGGAUCCCUGGGACUCAGGGAAGGGAAUGUAACCGCACCUCGGAGGGACCCGAUGGCUGCAACCUCCUCUGCUGUGGGCGCGGGUACAACACCCACGUUGUCAGGCACGUGGAAAGGUGUGAAUGCAAGUUUGUCUGGUGCUGCUACGUGCGCUGCCGGCGGUGCGAGACCAUGACCGACGUACACACCUGCAAAUAAGAAGAAGUGCAGCAAACAUGGCCAAACCAUCCCGCGCAGUUUGGUACACGCAACUGCCACACAGGCAGCAAUUACUCUUACCGUGUGGGAUUGCAGGGGGAUGAGCCUCAGGGGAGUGGGUAUUGCCAAACAGCGGGGAGUCCAAGAAUUUGGCAUGUGAAAGGGCAACUGAGCGAACAGCAGCCUGCUCGCAGGGACAGCUAAAACAACAAAAAAGGACUCCCGGUGACACAUCUGAACAAAUAACUCCAUGAGCAGGGACAGACACAAAACUUUCCAAGUCUUUAACAGCCACAGCAUCCUGAAGGUCCAUGUGGUCAGUAGGUGCAGUGGAGAAAACUCAAGAUCUCGUUAGCCAGUGACUGAGGAUUUAAGAGGAUGUGUAAGAUACAUUAGAUAUAAUCUUUAUAUCUGUAUUUCUAAAACUAGGACUAGAUGGAUCCACUAGAUGGUUUAUUUCUGCAGGCUUUAGAAAAAAAAAAAAAAGGGGGGAAAUGUUCUGCUGUUGACCAUGAAGUAUUUGCUUUGUGACCCUUUGGAAAGCCAUCUCCUGCAUAAUGUGCAGGAAAGCACCUGGCACUGAGAAAUGUGCGUGACCGCAGAGAGCUGGGCUCUGCCUGGACAGAUGAGGAGGGCCCAUUGGCAUGGAGCAAGCUGUGUCCAGAGUAGAGGGGUUGGAGCACAGCUUGGUGAACGUGAAUGGUGUACCACAUAGCAACCUCGGGACUUUUUUUAUAGGUUGUCUUUCAAACGCACAAAGGACAGGUCUGAGGAGGGACAGAAAUAUAGUUUGGUAUUUGAAGGAAAUAAAAUCCUUCAUAGGCGUUUCCUCAGUAUCUGAACACACAAUUUGCGAGUCAGCUGAUUGUCACCCCACUGUUGGACUGUAUGCGAUAACCUGCCGUGUUCAACCAUCUUGCUGGUGGUUCACCGUCAUUUUCAUAAUUAGCCAUGUGAGACUCAGCCCAAAGAAAUCUUCCAUAAAGUGAAAAAAACUUUAAAACAUUGCUUUCUCUUAUAGAAUAAGCAGCUAAGAACUUUCCAAUAGGUUGCAUCCUAAGUAAGUUCCAUGCACAAUGUAAUUUAUGGAUUGGCUCACACCACUAAAAUAUUUAAACAGUUAUUGAUAACAUUUUCUCCCCCUCCAUAUGUUGGCUCAGUUUUAUUUCACAUCUGUGAAAGGUUGUUUAUUUUUAUGCAAUGAUUUAAUGCCUGGCUUAAAAAGCAUCACGUGAAAGGAUUUCUGUUGUUUAAAUGUGCAAAGACCUAUUUUUGAUAAGACAAGAAAGUUUAUAUUUUGUAAAUAUUUAAAUUAUGCAAGUUAUGUAAAAGGUUUUGAAAACUAAUGUGAUAAGAUUACAGCCUUUGACAUUUGUUGGUUAGAUAUUUGUUACUAUUGUAGUAGCCUUUAAUUGAUUUUUAUUUGCAUGUGCAGGGGGAAAUUAGAGAAUUACAUAAUUUUUUUUUACCAUCAGUGUGGUUAUAACUAUUGCAGUUAAUACACACUGAUGAGAAACACUUACUAUGAUUUUCUAAAUGAUCAGUUAAUUGCUACUCUGUUUUCUUUUUUAUUCUUUUCAAUCCCUUUUACCAACAGUGAAAUCCCAGCUCCAGCAGUAGGUGCAGGACUCGCACUGACAUCAAGGGGACUUGCAUGGGUUUGCAAUCCCUUAACUUGUUCUACACUAACAGUUUUUAGAAAGAAAUCAUCUUAGACAGUUUGGUUGAGGCUUUCAAAGUUACUUUGAGGAAUUAAUUUCCUGGUUGGCAAUUAUUUUCCCACAAAAGAUGGUGGCCAGAUUCUCUAUCACUCUUUAUCAGAUGUGUAGGUCAGGAGGAAGCAGACAAAAUCUUCUGUGGUGUGGUACUUCACUGCCUUAUGUGGAGUAUCUUAGGAACACCAGUUCAGCGAGCAAGAAGUCCUUUGUCUGCUGGUUGUUUUUGGACCUUCCCUCCACAUUUGACCAGUCUGUAGCCAUUGACCUAGCCAGAUAAGUAUCCUGAAGCCACAAAAUUUGCUGUCUGUGGGAAGGGUGCUCGGUGUACCAGUUGCUGUCACAGGAGGAUUCGACACCCUUCCUGUGAAAACUUGAAUGGGGAGGACAUGUCCUGGUGGAAGACCCUAAAGAGAGAGUUGUCAGCCCCAGGUUGUUCCCAUCUACCAGAGAUGAAGAUAAACCCGCAGUCUCCAGAGGCCAUGGCACAGCACUUACUGGAAUCAUGGAUUGGGACAUGCUACUGGUCACUGUAGAUAUGAAGGUGUUGUAGAGACCACCCCCCUCUCUCUCGCUCUCUCUCAAUCUGCCUUAUGUCAAGCUGAUGGUAAGUGCCUCGGUGUCCUACGUGAACCUGCUCCUAGUGGUGCCUUUGCCAAGACCUGUGUUGAGGUCACCACCAUUUUGUUGUACGGGGCUCCAGCAGGAACCAGCUGUUGGGAGUUCAGCAUGGAGAUCGAGAUCUUCUCUCGAAGCAGCUCCAAUCUGUGUCUCAAAACUACCUUAGCUUUUAUCAGACCUAAAGUUUCUUCCAUGCCUGAUCUGUAAAAUAAGGAAAAUCACCAAUGCACUUCUCAGUACGCCUUAACUUCUUGCAGUGUAGGAAAUGAGGACAAAAUGGUCCUAGACUCCUGGGCCUAAACAGCUUCAGGGAUUUGCCCAGGAGAAAAAUCUCAGCAGGCUGUUUCUGUGGGUUUGAAUGGGAAGGCAUUCACAUCAGCGUUGCACUGAGAUGUGGGGCAGUCAUGAUGCAGCCAACACAGUCGCGGUGUCUCUUGCCUGCUCGGCUAGCCAGUAUGUGAGGCUGUGGUAAUUCUGAGAGGUCGUCUAGUUCCAACAAAAUAACUUUUUGUUUUUAAAUGUUGUUAAUAAAAUAUUUUUUUCUGGUUUAUGGGGGGGGAAAAGAGUUUGUUUUUUUAAAGAGUGACAAAAGGGAACAAAGAGAAGUGGCAACACACAUGGUUUAUGAAUGCUACAAUAGCUCAGCAAACAAGGAAAUGGUUUUGAAGUUUCACUGGCAGCUGUAGGACCCAUCUUUCCCCUGAGAAGCUGAAGAGAGCAAUUUCAUGGGAGAUGUCAUUACACUUUCUGCACUGAGUGCAGAGCACUGGUGAGAGCAAGCGCAUGGGGUCUGCGGGGCUGCCGCUCGCUCUUCUGCUGUGCUAACGUUGAGGGAUUGGAGGGGGGGAGCAGAAGCCAAGCUGAGUGCAUUGGGGAGACUGGAGCAUGAGCCCCUCUCUUUACCUAUCACAGCUGAAAUUGCUGUGUAAGUAAGUUAAGCUCCACUGUAACUUAUCUAAGUUACAUCCAUAAAACUAGUUCUGCAUAGGCAGCAUCUGUAAAAGCAGUUCUGGACAGGAUUAGGAUAUGCGCAUUGUUUUGUAGUAGCAUCAGGCUUAAAUAAAUAAGCUGACAUCUACUGCGGUAUUUAUUCCACAAAACUGCCUUUACUCCUUCCACACUCUGGAAAAGCUCUCCUGGGUGAGAAUGAGAGGGAGAACCGGCUGUAAGACAGCAUGCCUCCUUAGCUUUUAGAGAAGCCUAUGUACAACAUAGCUGGUUCAGCUGCUUCUGUGGGCAUAUGGCACAGAUGAAUUUCAUUCACUCACUUUAAUAGGGUGGGUUUUUUUCCCAGUGCUGGGACUGGAGGAUCAAGGUUGUUGACUUUGAAAACAUAGCUUUAUAAUAAUCUUGUAUAGCUUUACAAUAAUACAUCUUUUCUCUUUGAAAGUAGCUGCGUGUGUGCUUAUCUGAGCAAGAAAGAUUAAAAAAAAAAGAAAGUCACAGUUUGAGUGGGGGAAAGGUUUUAUCUCAGACCUGUUCCCUCACACUGACCUUUUAUGCAUGGAGCAGCCGUUUGUGAAAAGUAGCAAACGUGUGAAAAAUGCCACAGGUUUACUUUUUGAAGAAAGGAUAACUGUAACCUCUUCUGAAAGAGCAAGUUACAUAUGCCAUUUUGAAAACAGAAAUGCAUGCGUGCUGGCUGCGUAUUUGAAGAGCAAAGUUGUGUUGUUGACUGACAGGCUGACGUACUCAGAGGAGUUACUGCAGGACUACAGCUGGCCAGUCUGUCGACACGCCAGCCUGUGCGUGCUCUGGUAAGGGAAGAACACCGUCUUGUCCUGCCUGUUGGAGAUCCCUCGUCAAAGGAUGUCAAAGGCUGUGUGGUAAAUGGAGAUUGUCUCCAUUGCUAUCAAAAUGUCUCUCUGCACUUUCCAGUGAACGGCAAGUAUGUGAAACGUACGUGUAAAGUAACCAGCAACAAUUAGCAUUGGUCAUUCAGAGGAAAUGGUGUUGAAAGGACUUUUCUGACGAAGCUGAGAUGCUUGAUUUCAUCGAAGGAUAAGGUUUCACAAGACAGAAAACUUGACAUUAGGGUGGUUCCUUAUAGUUCAAAACUAUCAUGGCUAGGUCAGGUAAAAUGCUGAAGCGGUACCAACUCACUCUGCUGGCUAAUGUUUAUGAAAAGCGUGUAAAAGGAUCAUCCCACUGUGGCAGACUUCAUGCCAAAUGAGGCACUGUCUUUCUGAGCCCUCUAAUGUAUUGUAGAUAUCACACAGGGUGGAAUAUCAGGAAGUAUCAGGGUGGAAUAAAUGUUAUUAUUUGUUCCAGGUAACCUGACAAAAACGCUAAUUGCGAAUCCUCUCCUGACUGUAUCCCGUCUGUCCUGCCAGGUGAUCUGGAAUGCCCAGAUCCGGUAGUAACAGUGAAUGUGGUAUCAUGACUUUAUUUUUCAUUUCACACAAGGAUUUGUAAUACCAUUUUUUAGGAUUUUACACACUUUCACAUUUUUUGCUGUCAGUGAAUCGGCAUGGGCAGACGCUAGCUAACAAUACCUAACUGAGAAACAGGGCUUCACACCCAUACGUCCAAGAAGCAUCACCAAGGAGGUUAGUAGUGGUAGCAGUUGUAUUCUGACUAUAAAUGGAAAUCUUUGGAGAAAUGACAUGCUCAAAGUCACUUGCAAAAGCAGUGGCAGACCUAGGUUUAAAGAAAAAAGGAAAAAAAGAGAAUAGGCAGGUCUCCUGAUCAUCAACCCAAUGCAUUGGCUACCUGGUCACUGCAUUUGUUUCUCAGCCCGUGUAGUUUGAAAACUGUGGUUCGCCAGGUGGGACUGUACAGUAACCAUCCGAGUCAUGAGUACUGGGCAAGUCCUGCUGCAGGGACCACUACAGGUUUUCAAGGGCAGGCAAAGACUAAAAUAAUCAGUUGGUGAAAAUUGCAUUUCCUAAACCUCCUGUUGUUUGUAUUUCUGGGAUUCAAAUAUGCCUUUUUAGCCCACACAAAUGACAAAUUCAUCCUGACGGGAAUAGAGUCUGUGAACUCCACGGUAAAUGAAUGCUGCAGAUAAACAAUGCUAAAAUACCCCAGCCUGUCCUAGAGACUGCUGUUACAUUGAAUCGACAGCUGUGUAAUUCCACAGGUAGUUCUGUUAAAUAACUAACAGUUUACUCGGUUUAAUGAGGGUUAAUCCUCUCUGGCCACUGUGUCAGCUCUGCAGGGCUGGAGGUAUGGUGGCAGGUAGGACCACGACACUGGAAUUCAUUUCACAGCCAGCCGCUAACGCUGACUGGUGAUGCCUCUGGCCAGGGCUGGAGUUUGGAGGCCAGGGCUGGCUGCAAAUGGCUGAUGGCCUUCGGUGGAGGGGAGCUAUCGCUUCAUUUGCACAGCAAAGAGGCGUAACAAAUAAGGCGCCUAGGAGAGUGAAGGCAGACGCAGGCGUGGAGUUUAGAUGCACUAAUUGAACUGGAGGAAGAGAGAUUCGUUAGAGGAUAGUGCCGCAUACCUUGUGAAACCUUCUGCUGAACCGGAGCCUGCGAGCACGAGUAGAGUUUGUCACGGGCUGAAAGAUCAGAGCCUCUCUCAGGGUUUGGCCAUUUCAUUUUCCUCUCAGCCUUGCUAUGUUUAUGACCAUACAGCGUAAUUUUAAAUGAGCUGCACAUUUUCCUUGUUAAUACUUCAAGAAUCAUCAGCUUACCAUCCAUUUUUGCUUUUUUUUUUUUUUUAAUAUCAAGUUAUGUGUGUAUCAGGAUGCCUUAAUUAAAA